AUGGGAGGAGCCUAAUCUAAUAGUUAAAGAUCAUUACUUAGUUGUUUAAAAUUUCUAAUAGAGGACAUAGAACUAUAAGCAGAUGUGAAAUUACUGAACUAUUUAAGAUAAAUUUUCAUAAAGUUUCCAUUUAACUUUGAAAAAAACAGGUAAUUAUAUUUACAAUAAUUUAUAGAAAGAAAGUGAUAAAUAUUCUUAGUAAAUCUAUUCCAUUAUAAAUUACGUAAUUUGAAGACGUUUUACUCAAUUACUUAAGUUCAAGUUUUUAAUGUUAAUUAAUUGCUAAAAAAUCUUAUAAUAAAUAUAAUUAAAUAGAAAUUUAGAAAAUAGAUUCAGAAUUUGUCAGGAAUUUUAGAUUAAUGAAUUUUGAUAAUUUGAAAUCAAAUUAUGAAGGUGAAUAUGAAAAUUCAUUAAUAUUGCUAUUUUAAGGACUUAAAAGUUAUUGCAAUUUAGCAAAUUAAAUUAUCAAAGAACUCAAAAAUAAUAUUUUAGUUUAAAGUUAGGUUUAUGCAUUGAUUUGGGAACACUUUUAAAAUCAUUUGAUUAAAUUUUCUAAGGAUCCAUAUUAUGAUUUAAAUCCAAUCAAUAAAUAUUUUGAUGAAAAAUUCUAUAAAUUAUCUCCAGAAUUAAAAAUUGAAAUAAUUGGAGGUAAAUUAUGGGGAUGCAUGGUUUAAUAAUUAGAUAUUAACUUUAUACUUGAUGAAUUUAAAAUUGCAAGAAGAUCUAAUAAUUAAUCAGAUAUUUAAUUUCAUAAAUUAUUUAAUGCAAUAAUUGAUAUAAAUAUUGAUGUUGCUAAUUUAUAAUGGAUUGGUAAAAGUGACUUUUAAUUUUCAGAUUAACUUAAAGAUAUUAUUUAAUUUAUUCAAAAAGAUUCAUAGGAUUUAAUGAAUAAUCUAUAUUUUGAAUCAAAAGGUAAUUUGUUAGUGUUUAUUGAAAAAUGGGAAAAAGAUAACAAUUUUCUUAAAUCUUCAAUACCAUUGUGGAUUUGUGAAAAUUAUUUUGAUUGUUUAUUUUUUGAAUAUUGUGAAGAAAAAAUAAAAGAAAAUUUUAAAUUGCUUUCAUAAGUAGAAUAAAACAAACUUAUUGAAUAAUACUAAAAUUAAGAAUCUAAAUAAAAUGCAAUGUGUAUUGAGUAAGAUUUUUAAUACUAGUUUAAUUCAAAAUUGUUUUAAUUUGAUGAUUUCUUAUAAUAAAACUCAGAAUAAAUCUUACUUAAAAUGAUAAAAUUAUUGAAAGAAUAAGAAUAAUUAAGUAGUAUAAUGUUAAUAAGUGAAAGUACAUAAUAAGGAGGAAGUGCUGCAAUAAAUUAUCAAGAUAUUUCUAAUUCUUUAUUUGAAGAAAGUUAAAAAUAAGAAUAAAUAAAUUAAAAAGUUUAGAGUAUUAUUUCAUUUUAACCUCCACUAUCAAAUAUUCUGAUAGAAUAAGAGGAUGAAAUAUUAAGAAUAUGCAAAAAAUAUGAUUAUAUCAAGAAUAUUAUUUUAUCAAGCAUUUAAUAAAGAGAUAAUAAUAUAAUGUUUAGAAACAGAGGAUUAAAUUCUAUUUCAAAAGAAUUACUUGACUUUUUCAGUUUCAAUAAACCAAUAAAUGAAAAUUAUACUAUAGAAAUCAUCAAUUAUCUAGCUAAAUUAAAAUUAAAAGAAAAAUCAUUCGAAAGUAGUGCAGUAAAUAGCAAUUUAGAAUUUUUUAAAGGAUCCAUGGCAGCAGAUUUACUGUCUUUCGACAAAUGA